GCCUCCACCGCCAUCCCCCAGCCCGCGACUGCCGCGGCGGGAGCAGGCACAGGGCUCCUCGGGCUGCAGCCGCGGCGUCCCCACGGCCACGGCCAGGGCCACGGCCACCCGAGCAAGAUCUAUAUAUUAUUAGUUGGAACAAUUCACUAGCAGGAUUGCUCAUUACUUGACAAAUCAGAGCAUAGUUGGAUUUUGGAGGUGUUGUUUGUAAAAGGCUAAAUUUUCGGGUAUGUCAUUGGAGCCCUGGCCAAACAAGGCCCUUGGUCAUUCACUGCUGGGAGUAGCACUCUCAGAGACCCUUCUCCAUGGAGUGUUUCAAAAUAACAAACAUGUCAUUACAGAUUGGAAGGUUAUUUGACCUCUCUUAGAACAGCUUUUCAAAUAUGGUAUCUUUGCUGUCCUGGAGCCAAGGAUGUGUUGCACACAGAAAAGAAUCUUCACGUUGCCUUUUUCCACAUGAGUCUGGGCAGCAAAGUCAUGUGCAGAAACUGAGAAUGAACGUGUGAGUCCUGCUUGAUUUGAAUGGUAUGAUGUUCUUGGGGAUCGCCUAGACGUCCCUUAGAAAAACCCCACUGGUAGAAGAGGCCACAGAAGAUAGCCCGGAGAUGACCAGCCAGACUCCAGAGGACACUGCCGAGUCCCCCAUCUCUGACGAGCUUGAGUGUAAGAUCUGCUACAACCGUUACAACCUGAGGCAGAGGAAACCCAAAGUACUGGAGUGUUGUCACCGCGUUUGUGCCAAAUGCCUUUACAAGAUCAUCGACUUUGGGGACUCCCCUCAGGGCGUCAUCGUGUGUCCUUUCUGUAGGUUUGAGACCUGCCUGCCUGACGAUGAGGUGAACAGCCUCCCAGAUGAUCACAACAUCCUCGUGAACUUGACUUGUGGAGGGAAGGGGAAGAAAUGCCUGCCAGACAACCCCGCGGAGCUGCUGCUGACGCCCAAAAGACUGGCCUCUCUGGUCAGUCCUUCUCACACGUCCUCCAAUUGCCUGGUCAUCACCAUCAUGGAGGUCCAGAGAGAGAGCCCUCAGUCUCUGAACUCAACACCCGUGGUGGAGUUUUACAGGCCCACCAGCUUUGACUCUGUCGCUACCGUGUCCCACAACUGGACAGUGUGGAACUGUACCUCUCUGCUCUUUCAGACAUCAAUCCGGGUGUUAGUUUGGUUGCUAGGGUUGCUAUAUUUCAGUUCUUUGCCCCUAGGGAUCUACUUACUGGUCUCUAAGAAAGUCACCCUCGGGGUUGUCUUUGUCAGCCUUGUCCCUUCGAGCCUUGUUAUUCUUAUGGUGUAUGGUUUUUGCCAGUGUGUAUGCCAUGAAUUUUUAGACUGUAUGUCAUCACCUUCAUAAAAGAUGCUACAAAAAUGAGAAAUUGAAAAAACUUUGCCAUGUUUGUAACUUAGUUCCUUAAAAAUUUUUUUUUUGGUGUUCUUAUGAUUUGUGUCUAACAUUUAACAGACACGUUAAUUACAUUUAAUGGUCUGUUUUCCACAUCAAUCUGUAGCCUUUGGUUUAUUUAUUAUUUUUUUCUUAACACUGAUAGUAAAAUUUGAUACUUCAGCUUGGAGGUUAGGUUUUAGGAAAGAAGCAGAUGUGCCCAAGUUAAACCUUCUUGGAGCUCAAAGGGAACAGUGUCUACCCAGAGAAAGAACAGAGCAUUUCUGGCAAUGUUGUUAAACAGAUACCCUAAUGGGAAUAUAGUAUGCCCAUGUAGUGUUGCAGCAGAGAUUUUUGCCAUAAGUUAAUGAUGAACUGGCUCUUCUUUGUGUAGUCAUCACUCUUAUGUUUAUGGAAGGAGGGCACAAGUUACUACAAGUCAAACACUUUUGAAGUGUGCAUUCACCCUGGACAUUGCUGUUGCUACCUACCCUCCAUUCAUCCCCUUGUAUUUCUUUUGUCUUAAUAUCACUCUCUGCUAUUUACUCUGUAAUUCAAGACAUAUGCCUCCUCUGCACACUCUUCCCCAUCCUGAAGCCCCCAGACUUAUGCUCUCUUCCACUGCAGAGUUCUCUUUGAAAAAAAUGAGAAAUUUGAACCACAGGAGAAUUUGGCCAUUUGUCCUGAAGAUACUGUUUGUACCCAGAUUUUUCUAACCUACACCUUUCUGUGAGAAGUACUGGAGACCUUUUGUUUUCUUUUGCCUCAGUAUACUUGAUCUUUGACCCCAUUACUCCUUCAGCCUCCACUCCCUAUCAAGAGAAAAUAGGUCUUCUUUUCCAUUAAUUCUUAUAAAGUGAAGAGAAAGGGUGAUUUAUCUAACACAGUUUGGAUCCACUUGCCUUCCUCCCCUCCAUGUCCUGACACUCUCAUUUCAAAAGACACUUGACUUAUUUAAUUUUUGGCUUUUGGAGAUGGAGAGUGAAAUGCUCCAACUCAUGGUUUGUGAAGAGUUGAGAACAUGCAUGUUCUGUUUUGCUGUACUGAAUAGCAAUAAGGUAUGAAGGUUUUAGGUUCACAUAAUCAACUGCUGUGUUUCAUCUGUGGGUAGGCAUGGGGGAAGGAGCAAGCAAUAUGCAGAGCUGAAGGCUUUGCUUGGGAUGCUACCCAAAGGGUUUCAAGCAAUGGUCAUAACUGGCAUCUGUGACUGCAUUGGUUGCUAUCCCUGAUGUUCUAAAUUCAGGACAGUCUAAUUUAUAAAGUGGGAUCAAGUUCUUAUAAAAAUUAGUUCAAAGAAAGACAAAGGUUAAUGUGACCCAAGUGAAGGGACCAUUUUCCUUGAGGUAGAGGAAGUUGACUAUAUACUUCUGAGAAGAAUUGUUUAGCAGAUUUUAGGUUUUAAAGUACACUAUGUCAUUUGGAACUGGUGUACCCAGUGGAAAAAGGGAACCUUUUGAAACCCCCACCUCCCCCACCCCGAUGAUGAUUAGCAUUACCAUGUUUGCAUUUUUUUUGAAGGAGUAUUACUAACAUACUACUUAUUCUAGUUUGUGAUGAAAUAUUUGUUGUGAGGUGGUAGCUACUGUGAGCCAUAUUCCAAUUUCUUUAGUCAACUAAAAUGAAUGGUUCUUUCCAGAAUAGCUGUAUCAUUUAAUUAUAUAAUUGUUAACUUUCAGAAUAUUUAUGCCAAGGUCAAUUUGGCCAGAAAGAACAUGUGGAAUCUGGCCUAGUGAAUUUAUCAUGAAAUAUAUAUGCAUAUAUAUAGCUAAAUAAAUUUAUGAAUCCAUAAAAUCUAGUUUAGAUAGCGUUCAAUGUGAGUGCAACACCCAGAAAACUAUUUGUUCCUGAAGUAAAUGUCAUGUUGUAGAAAAUGUUACGUUGGGGUUCGCAUAGUUAUAAGGGUUUUAAAAAACUGUUUAUUUGGUCUGAAGUGUAACAUCCAGUAGUUAGGUGGAGUAAUACAUUGAUGAGAUACUAGGAAGUUGGGGAAAUUUGAACUCUGUUUAGCUUCUUUGUGUAAAUAAUGUGUCUGCAGUGCUCAAUUUAUGUAUUUUUAUGCAAAAUGGUGUUUUUUUUAAAGUUACCAAUGAAUUAACUUUGGUUCAGAAGUAAAUCGUACCAAUACCUUCAAAACUUAUUAAAUGGAUAACAAUAAUAACUUUUCCAUGUUGUUAAAUGAAACAGAAAGGACAAUACUUCAAUAUUAUGAUCACUGUGCUACAGUUUUGUUUUGUCAUUAAAUCGUUAUUAUUCCCAAACUGGAUGUUUGUCUUCUGUGAUUCAGGGUUGAAAUCCUGUGUUUAUUUUGAAACUGUAUAAAGUGUUGGAUUGAUUCAAGCAUGUGCAUUUUCAGAACAUAAAGUCCCCCUAUAAAUUAGAAUUUGUUGUAUAUAAUUUGUUAGAAGGUUCUGGUUCUCUUUUGUGGAAGGA